UCCGUGUGUCAAUGUUUAAAUUAAAUAUACAGAAUCUUAAGAAAAACAAUGAAGGUGAAGCGAGGUGAGGCAGAGAGUGGGGCGAUGAGAUACGAUUGGUACAAAAGAAAUAAUGUUGUUUAUAUUCCUACGGCAAGGUGACAAAUCAUACGUAUCUACGAAACGUGUCUUUGCUUCCUUUCUAAGGAUCUCGUUUUCUAUGCAAACAACGUCGUCGUCCUCCUCGUCUUCAGUACGUUUCGAAUUUUGGUGCUUCGAGGACGACUCCGGACGAGCGGUCAAGAGUGAAACGAGAUAGAAUGGGAAGAAGAACGAAAGGAGAAAAAAGAAGAUGGACGACAGCGAUUCGUAUUGAAACAACCUGGAUCUAAAGCGAGUUUUCUUUAUUUCUCUUAUGAUAUUAAUAGAGAAAUUAUUUAUAUAACAACAGAACAACUGUACUUAAAGGAGAAAAGACGAAAAGUAGCUCUUCGCAAUCCUAAAAUUACAGUAUCAAUAUGGAAUCUUUCCUCAUUGUUAACAUCUCUAUAUAUACCAGGGAAACUUGCCUCCCGCCUGAUCGAGCUCGACGCGGAGUUUGCUAAUCGCCGAAGGCCAAGCCGAAUGCAAGUCGAUGACUCCUCUCUUCCGAUCUCAGCUGCCUUUCCUCGCUAACGACAUGAGAGGAUGUUGGCUAGAUUCAAGAACGCCUGUCAGUGUGGAACACCGAAGUGCAACUUUCAUCUUCCAGGAAUGGAGAAGCCAGAAUCAUCCGCCGACGGUGCCAGUGCGAUGGAUCUCGAAGACAGGGAUCCAAAUAGUCUUAAUCAACAUCUUCAGGUGAUGUGGGACGACGUGAUCGGCGAACCAGAAGGCAUUCGAAGUCCGGAAUGCGCUUGGCGCUUGAGUGGCCACUGUUUUCGUCUUUCGAGGGGUUGCUGUUAUAUAUUUCUCUCGGUCUUGGUCGCACCCUUGCUCGCACUUUGCCUUGGUUUUACGUUCGCCUGCCUUGCGUUCGAGCAUAUAUGGUGCGUCGCUCCUUGCCUUCGAGUAUGGAAAAUAACUUGCGCAGCUACGAGAAGCUUCUUUACAGCUUUCGUUCAAGCCAUCGUUAGACCUGUCGCAGACGCCGUUGGAUAUCUCUUUAAUAAUAUACGAGUUCUUAAUCAAAAAUUACCAGACGGUCCCGAAAAAAAGGACGACAUUCUUAUAGUCUGAGAAUAUAUUUCCAAGUUUGUCAUAAUUUUUUCUUUUAACACAUUACGGACAGAUUAUAUAUAUAUAUAUUAAAUAUAAUUAUUAUAUAUAAUAUUUUAUUAAACAAUAUAUAUAUAUAUUAUAUGAAAAUAAUAUAUAAUAUUAAUAUAUAUUAAUCCAGACCAAUUACAAGUCUUUUGUUAUAAUCAAUGAUCAUUGAUCAUUGAUCAGACAUACGAAUUAUUGAUGUAUUAAUAGAAAAGAAAAAUUAAUUUAAAAAUAUUUAAUAUAAAAAAUAGCUCUCUCUCUCUCUCUCUCUCUCUCUCUCUCUCUCUCUCUCUCUCUCUCUCUCUCUCUCUCUCUUUCUCUUUGUCCUAGCUAUAAAUAAUAGUUAGCAGGAAAAUGUCUGAUCCGCAAUGUGUUUAAAAAAAAGUCAAUUUAUCCAUCCAAUUUAGACUGCCGUGUGCAAUGAAUUUCGAUUUGACAAUGGAGUAUUAAUACCUCCAGCUAUUAAACAACGAAGAAACAUAAUUCAUGUAACAUUAUCUUAAUUAUAUCUAUAUAUUUUAUAAGGGAAAUCAAUCUCUCAAUCAAAGAUUGAAAAUCUUUCGUACAAUU